AUGGAGUUGUUGUCGUCUAUCAACGGGAAGAGGAAGAGGAUGGCAACGACUACAACAACGCCGGCGGCGAAGAAGAAGAAGAAACCAUCGACGACCCCGAUCCCGACACUUCCCGAUAAUGUGAUAUUGAACAUCAUCGCGCGCGUCUCGAGAGUGUACUACCCGACUCUCUCAGUGGUGUCCAAGAGUUUUCGAUCUCUGAUGACUUCACCGGAGCUUUGCAAGACCCGGUCACGCUUAGGCCGCACCGAGAGUUGCCCCUAUGUGUGCUUCCGGGCGCAUACUGGUUUUACUUGGUUCACCCUCUGCCGUAAACCUGAUCAAACCCUAACCAAUCAGAAGAGUAAGAGUGGUUAUGCUUUGGUUAAAGUCCCAAUCCCACAUUCUCCUGAUGCCUUCUUUUCGAACCUCGUGGCGGUUGGUUCUGAUAUCUACAACAUUGGCGUAUCCGAGUCCAAGUUCAAAGCCUCUUCCUCUACCGUCUGUGUUCUGGAUUGCACGACUCACACUUGGCGCGAGGCUCCAAGAUUGCCUGUAGAGCUCUUUAGACUUUCAGUUUCUGCUACCUUUCUUGAUGGAAAGGUAUAUGUGGCGGGAUAUUCCUUAGAUGGAGACAAAGAUUCUGAUCCCUUGAAGAACUCGCUGGAGGUGUUUGACACAAGAACACAAGUUUGGGAUCCUAAUCCCAUCCCUUGCAGCGUGGCAAACGCCAAGGAGCCUUGCUACAAAGGCGCAUCUGUUGAUGGAAAGUUCCACGUGAUGGCUGGGAGUAAGGUGUUUGCUUACAAUGCCAAGGAAGGUAGAUGGGACCGUGUUAGACCAGGGAUGAGUACUUGUGUGUCUUCAGAUUCUCACUGUGAGAUUGGUAAUGUUUUGUACUCUGCUUGUAAAAACGGAGUGUUCAGAUGGUUUGACACUCAGGUCGGAAUAUGGAGAGAAUUGAAGGGUUUGGUAGGACUACCCAAGUUCCCUCCUGAUGCUCGUGUUAUAUUGGGUGAUUAUGAUGGAAAGAUUGCGGCUUUUUGGCCUGAGAUUUCUUCUGAUGGUUUCCCACAUAAGUUUAUGAUAUGGUGUGCCGAGAUUGCACUUGAAAGACGCACAAGUUGUGAAAUUUGGGGGAAAGUUGAGUGGUUUGAUCACGUGCUUUCAGUGCCUGUUACACAUACGUUAGUGAAGGCUGUUGCUGCGACUGUUUGA